AUGUCGCAUUACCCACAUCCCGCGGCCCGGAUGAAUAGCAUCGAGUACUUGGAAGAGCAGCUCCAGAUCCUGCAGAUCCCGAUCGACCAAGCGAUGCGGCUAAACCGGCAGGCCAUGGCCAAGAUACGGGAGGGGAGUAAAACCGUCGAAUUUCGACGCUGCCAGAGUUGUCCGCUCUUAGUGGUGACCAUGAUCGAAAUAAUACGGGCUGGCGACAAAGUCGGAGUGAUGGGUCGAGUCCCGGAUCGGCCCUUAGCGGCGGUUCAGACCCUCCGCUUUCCCAGUUUGGGUGUCUUGAAUUCGAUCCAGAUGAACAAGAAAUGUUCCGAGUUGCGAUGGUGCGGCAUGAUUUGCGACGGUGUGUCGAAACCAUCCAGUAUUGUAGUCAAGAGAUUCUCCAACAACAGAUACCGGCCACGAGUCUGCGUGGUGGAUGCGGACCUCACGGUGGAGUACCUCCACCGAGAAGGCCAUCGAAUAAUGUACACACCCAGUGGUACAAGGAGAUGA